UGGGGUAGCGCAGCGGUUGCACCAAUCGCACCGAACUCAAGGAUGUACAGCCGAUGUUAGAAUACUAUCCUGUUCACCACCAAUCCAGCUUCGGACAUACCGCUCACGAAGUAAGGCGGCUCUUUUCCUUUUAUCAGCUAGCUACUUCAAUUUCUUGAUGAUUUCUCUUAGCCCAAUCUCCGCAUCGAGUGCACCGACACCGCUGUUCAUUCGAUCAAGAUACUGGCCAAUUGGAAUCAUUGGUGGCUUGCACCUUCAAGUGUAUAAGAGCAAGCACGGCAGCUGCAGUCCAUCGGCCACCAAUCUUGAUACCCAGAUCCAUAAACAUGGUAGCCCAAUUCGUUCUCAACGCCGCUCUCUUUGGCCUCUCAUCCACGGUUCUUGCGAGUCCUACCACAGCCCAAAGAGGCGACUACGUGAACUGGAGAAAGUUUCACGCCAACGGUGUCAAUCUCGGAGGAUGGCUUGCUCAAGAAGCCACAAUUGACCCGUAUUGGUGGGAUCAGCACUGCAGAGGCACCGUCGAUGAGUGGAAUUGCUGCGUCCAGCUCGGCGAUCAAUGCGAUUCUGUGUUCGAAAAACGCUAUGCAACAUACAUCACGAGCAAAGACAUCGAUAAGCUUGCGUCUGGAGGCAUAAAUCUCAUUCGCAUCCCUACAACAUACGCAGCCUGGAUAGAUGUCCCUGGCGCUGGAUACCACUCGGGGAAUCAGCAGAAAUACUUCAAGCGAGUCGCAGACUACGCAAUUAAGAAGUACGGCAUGCAUGUCGUCCUCGACUUACACUCGCUUCCUGGUGGCGUCAACGGAUUGGACAUUGGCGAACGCGUUGGGAAAUGGGAAUGGUUCAACAGCACCAAAAACCUCGAUCUGUCCCUCGAUGUCGUUGAUGCUGCACUCAACUUCAUCCAAAAAUCAGGUUCUCCACAGUCGUACUCGUUGGCUCCCAUCAAUGAACCCGCCGAUAACCCCGAUUUCUCCAAGUUCGGCACACCUGCCGCGCUCUCGGAUGCCGGGAGCGCCUGGGUGUUAAAGUAUUUCAAAGCAGUCUUGCAGCGCGCCGAAGCGGUGAACUGUAAGAUUCCUGUAAUGCUACAGGGCAGCUUCAAGGGCGAGCCUUUCUGGUCUCCAUCGUUUGACAAGAGUGACAACAUUGUGUUCGAUGUGCACAACUACUAUUUCGGGCGGCUGAGUGAUUCUGACAACGUCACAAGUCUGCUUUGUGCAGACGCAAAGAGGCUCGCUGGUGACGGCAAGUUUCCGGUGUUUGUGGGCGAGUGGUCAAUUCAGACCAGCACGAACAACAGAAUCGUGAACCGAGCGAAGAACGUCAACACCGGGCUAUAUGCAUACAACAAAUUUACCCAGGGAAAUUCAUACUGGACUGCUAAGUUUCGUGGAAACGUCACUGUCGCGGGCGAGGGAACACAGAGCGAAUACUGGAAUUACGAAUCUUUUAUUGACGCGGGGUUUCUUGAUGAGAAACAGGGGAAGAAGUAUUGCUCAUAGUUCUUGAUACGCGCUACUGUCUUGAUUUGAAGUAACGAUUAUGAGCAAAUAAAGAUAGGGAACCCAACACGGCGCGAGAACAUGUAUGCACAUGUGCAGCGGCAUAAAAUGAUGUCUACUUGCACGGUACGAACACACAUUGAUUAUGGGAUCAUUGAUGAUCUUGAUGCAUGAGAG